GCCCAACCUCAAAACCAGAGUGACUACAUUACCUGACAUACAGCUACCUACGAACACCGCGUCACGUGGAAGAAUACCGAGAUCAAGAGCAGUGGCUGAAAAGGACGUUAGACAGGAAGGACAUAGGGCGGAGAAGACGAGGCAGAGGUGCAAACAGGCACGGGAGCAGGCGAACACCGACUUGCUGGGUUCGAGGUUGUGUUGGGCUGUGAAUGGGCGGGUGCCUGUGAUGGCCACAGCGGGACAACGAGAAGAAACCUGAUCACUCCGACACUGUGAGGCACGCGGCUUCCUGCUUAGGUACGGACAGAUCUCGUGACCGGGCAUCUUCUCGUCUAUAUUGAGGUCGCUCUGAGGGCAGCCGAGACAUCAUGUUACCCAUCCGACCGGGCCUUUCGAGGCAACUCUCUGCCGCCGCCAUGCAAGUCCCCAUGAUCUCAUGUCCGCUCAAGCAGACGAACGAGAUCGACUGGAUCAUUCCCAUCAAACAGCACAUCCGCUCCGCAUAUGCCGACGACCCUGAACAAUACAACGAUGAAUGCGCCGCUCUCAACCGUCUGCGCCAGGACAUGCGAGGGGCAGGGAAAGAUAGUGCGGCGGGGAGAGACUUGCUAUACAGAUACUAUGGCCAGUUGGAGCUGCUGGACCUCAGGUUCCCAGUCGACGAGAACCACAUCAAAAUCAGCUUCACCUGGUUCGAUGCAUUCACCCACAAGCCCACCAGUCAAUACAGUCUGGCGUUCGAGAAGGCGAGCAUCAUCUUCAACAUCUCCGCCGUACUGAGUUGUCACGCCGCGAACCAGAAUCGACAUGAGGAUACAGGACUGAAGACGGCAUACCAUUCAUUCCAGGCGAGUGCGGGCAUGUUUACCUACAUCAACGAGAACUUUCUGCAUGCUCCCUCGACCGAUCUGAGCAGGGACACCGUGAAGACGCUCAUCAGCGUGAUGCUGGCACAGGGCCAGGAAGUUUUUAUUGAGAAGCAGGUGGUGGAUAAGAAGAAACCAGGUCUGAUUGCAAAGCUUGCAGCCCAAGCGGCAUAUCUGUAUGCGCAGGCCGUGGAAGGGACUCAGGAUAAUGUGUCAAGGGCCAUUUUCGAGCGGGUGUGGUUGCUCGUAGUGCAAAUUAAACAGCACCAUAUUGCUAGCGUUGCACAGUACUAUCAGGCCGUGGCGGACUAUGAAGCCAAUAGCUAUGGGCAGGCAAUCGGUCGAUUGAAUGCGGCACUCACAGCUAGCAAGGAGGCCAGUCGUCUUGCGAAUGGCUUUCCAAGUAGUGCACCAGCGAAUAGCAAUCUUGCUUCGGAGACAGGUACCAUUCUCUCAGACAUGACGAAGAAGCAGCUUGCAUCGAUUCAAGAGCUGCUGGCCGAGUACAAUCGGGACAAUGACAUGAUCUAUCAUCAGCCAGUCCCUUCGGAGACCAACCUGCCCAGCAUACCAAAGCUGCCCGCCGCAAAAGCCAUUCCUGUCAGCGAGCUAUACCAGGGUCAGGACAUUCAACGAAUCAUCGGACCUGACAUCUUUCAGAGAAUUGUCCCCAUGUCAGUCACGGAAAGCGCCAGCUUAUACGACGAAGAGAAGGCAAAGGUGAUCAGAUCCGAGGCUGAACGAGUUGAAACGGCAGACGAUGAGCUUGCAACAUCGCUGGACUAUCUGAAGCUACCCGGGAGUCUGAACAUCCUGAAAGGUGCUGUGGACCAGGAGUCGAUGAGUGUUGAUGAGGACUUUCGGAAUUGGUGCAGUGAGCUUGCAGGUCACCACCCAUUUGGUCCGACAUUCGACCACCUACGACAGGAGAAGCAGAGCAUAAUGUCUACGCUGGAGACGUGUGGGAAACAGCUUGACAUGGAAGAGUCCGUUUGUGAGAAGAUGCGAAGCAAAUAUGGAGCGGAGUGGACCCAGCAGCCCUCAAGUCGACUUACACAAACAUUACGGCAAGAUGCGAAGAGCUAUCGUGCCGCCGUGGAGGAGGCAUCCACGAGUGAUGCACAGCUGUUCAGCACCUACCGCCAGUACGAGUCCGAUAUGGACGAGAUGCGUUCUGCUGGUGAGACGGAUGAGGCCGAUGUGCUGUACCAGCGCGCCAUGACCAAGGCAGGCGCUGGUAGGAAGGGCGUCACGAGUCCCAGCGUCAUGGAUGAGGGAAAUCUGCUGGACGACGACUUCGAAGACGACUCGCGACAAAGUGUGGCCGAGCAGAUUGAGCGUGUCGAGGCAUUGAUGCACAAGCUGCAGCUUGUGAAGCGAGAACGGACUCAAGUGCUGAAAGACCUCAAGGAAAAGAUCCAUAGCGAUGACAUUUCGAAUGUGAUCAUGCUCAACAAAAAGGCCAUUACGAGUCAAGAGAAUGCGCUGUUCAAGGCCGAGCUGGAAAAGUUCCGGCCGCACCAGAACCGGAUCUUGCAGGCUGUGCACAAGCAGUCAUCAUUGAUGAAGGAGCUGACUCGUACGUACAGUGAUCUUUUGCAAGACAAGCGAGUGCGUGGCGAACAGAACAAGUACGAGGCAUUCUCGAGGCAGCGCAAUUCUGUGCUGGGUAAAUACAAGAAGGUAUACCAGGCGUAUAAAGACCUGCAGGCUGGGUUGUCCCGUGCACAGCAGUUCUAUGACGAGAUGCAAGAGACGGUUGAUAGCUUGAAGAAGAAUGUUGACUCGUUUGUCGAGAAUCGCAGGUCAGAGGGUGGUCAGCUACUGGGCGUGAUUGAGGCGGCAAAGGGCAGCGGACCUGAGCGGGAGCAAGCACGUAUGAAAGAGUUGAUGGAGCGUAUGAGCAUCAGUCCGAGCACUGCUCAGUCGUCUUCGCCUGUGCCGAAUUUCGGCGAUCCACGCAAUACUGGUCAUCGCCCUCCUCCGCUUCAGCAGCAGAGCUACACUACGCAACAGCCCACCUACAAUCCAGCUGCAAGCCCACCCAUCACACCUCGAUACCAGCAGAAUGGUGGUGGCAUGCAAUCACCAGCACCAUAUCCGUCGAUUCACCGGCCACAGCAACAGCCGCAAGCAAAUCAAUACAAUCCCAAUCAGUACGGCACGAUGUCGCCACCUGCACAUCAGCAGUACUUUUCGCCUCCCCCGAAUCAGCAGUAUAACAGCAAUAACAACAACUAUCAGCAGCAGCAACCGGUGACGACGCAGUACAGCCAGCAUCAGGCACAGCCGAGUUAUGGCAGCCAGUCGAUGCCGCAGGGUUGGCAGCCCCCGCCUCCACCACCUGGACCUCCACCGAACCAGGACUACAGUGCGAUGCAAGCUAGUGGCUAUCCGGCAGGACCGGGAGGAUAUGCUAGUCAAGAUUUGAGGAGAAGUCAGCAGCAGCAGCAGCAAGCGAAUGGGAACGCUGGCGAUGAUCCUUGGGCGGGACUGGCUGGAUGGAAGUGAAAGGGAGGGAGAGGAAGGGUGAGGGCUGGUCGAUCUGGGAGAUGGGACGAAUGGGGUCAAAAUGUGGAAGAAAGCAUGGCUCGGCGUUGUGAAUACCUUGUAUGCAUCAGAGUGUUGUCGUUGUCUUGCAAUUAUUGUCGUCACGUUCUCUGCGAUGCAUGGAUACGAAGGAAUGGAAUAUGAAGGAAUGGAAAUGAGAAAGAUGGGGGGAGGGGGGACUCUAGUAUUUGUUGCAUAGGUAGCAUGUGGUGGUAGGUAGGUAAGGUAGGUAGGUAGGUAGAACUGGCCAGGGACCAAAAGAAACAUAAGUGAAACAUG